UCUUACGUUUUGCAACACUGCAGCUGGUGCACGCUUUGUUACCAAUUAAACAUUGUUUUGUUUCUGAUAUUUGGCUGUCAUGCGGUUCGCUCAGAUAAUAGUGGGUCCUGCCGGCAGUGGAAAGUCCACUUACUGCAGCCAAAUGCAGCAAUACGCGAUGGAUUCCAAGCGAAAUAUCCAAGUGGUCAACCUCGAUCCAGCGGCAGAGCACUUUAACUAUAAUCCACUGACGGAUAUAAGAGAGCUGAUCCACCUGGACGAUGCCAUGGAAGAUGAAGAGCUGCAUUACGGACCAAAUGGCGGUUUGAUCUUCUGCCUGGAGUUUUUGAUCGAGAACCAAAAUUGGUUGAAAGAUCAGCUAUGCGGGGGAGAAGAUGAGUUGAUGGUGGGUGAGCCGGAUGACGACUACAUCCUGUUUGACAUGCCUGGCCAGAUCGAACUAUUUACACACCUACAGAUGGGCAAGCAGCUGGUGCAGUUGCUCGAGUCAUGGAACUUCCGAACCUGCGUCGUAUUUUGCUUGGACUCACAGUUUAUGGUGGACGGUGCCAAGUUUAUAUCUGGCACUAUGGCCGCACUUAGUGUGAUGGCCAAUAUGGAGCAGCCACAUGUCAACGUGCUGACCAAAGUGGAUCUGCUGAGCAGUGAAGAGCGGAAGAGGCUGGAAAUGUACCUGGAGCCGGAUGCUCACAGUUUGAUGGGGGAGUUAACCAUUGGCUCGACCUUUGGCGUGAAGUACGCUAAGCUUACGGAAGCUAUUGGUUCGCUGAUUGAGGAUUUCAGCUUGGUGAGAUUUUUUCCAUUGGAUCCGCAAAAUGAGGAGAGCGUAGGUGAUCUUUUAAUGCAAAUUGACAAUAUUUUGCAAUUCGGCGAAGAUGCGGACGUGAACGUUAAGGACUUCGAUGAACCAGAAGAAGCAGAAAGAGAUCCAUACAUAUUACUGUUUAGGGAAAAUAAUAAUUAAUAUAUUAAUUAAAUAAAUUAAAAAGCAAAUAAAUAUAAAUAAAUU